AUGAUGAAUAUUCAUCGGACAAAGAAUCAGAGUUGUUCCGAUUCAGUGACAGAAAGAAAAACAAACAGGAGCAGCAGAGGUGCUGCCAAAUACAACACAAAUGUUCAAGACAGAAUGGGAAGGUUUGUUUCCUGUUACACUUAUUCUUAGUGAUCUAUAUUCAUUUUUAUGUGUUCCCUGCCAUAAACAUGUUCAGGCAAUCAUCAAGGAUUAAAGGAUGUUAUAGACCAUUGCAAAAGAGAAUCGCUCAAGCGGCGGUUACAGAAGUGGACAGAAACAACCCAAUUGCACAGUUGUUCCCAGCAGCCACCUCCACAUCAAGAGAUGUCAUAAAAGCAAAAGUUAUGGUUACAAGUUUCUUGAUACAACAUAACCCACCAAUCGCCAACACUGCACAUCUUGGACCACCACUCUUUACAACUAUUUUCACAGACAGCAAAACUGCUAGGUAGUAUACUUGCAGUGCAACAAAAACAGCAGCAAUUAUCAACAAGGCCAUGGGACCCACUGCCAUGAGUACGUAGUUCAACUCUCCAAGCAACACCCAUUCAGUUUGGGAAUUGAUGGAUCUAGUGACAAAGAUGUCAAGAAAAUGAAUCCAGUAACAAUGAGAAUUUUUUACUUCAAAAGGUCAAUGUGUGUGACAACCACUUUUUUGCUGUGUGUGUCACCACCGGUCAUGAUGUAUCAAAAGCACAAGAAUUCUUUGAUAUCGUUGAUGAGCAGUUUAGGGUUGACGAUAUUCCCUGGAAGUGGAGUAUUGCAGUGAGUGUAGGUGUUGACAACACUAACUCUAUGAUAGGAAGGAAAAAUUCAUCUGCAUCUUGGUGUACACAGAGAAAUCCAUAUAUUUUUGUAAGUGGUUUUCCCUGUCACCUGGCCCACAUAGCUGCUGGCAAUGGUCAUGAUGCUUUUGCAAAAGUAACAGGUGAAAAGAUUGAACAUUUGCAUAAAGAUAUCUUUUACUGGUUUGAAAAAAGGCAUAUUGCUAGAGUAUUUGGAGUUUUGUGGACACGACUAUGCAAAAAUAUUAAUGAACGUGUCAACAAGCUGUAAAGAUGUGUACCACACACUCAUAAAGUACAGUGCACUCAAGUCUUAUUUUCUCAGUGAAGAGUUUGCUGAUCAGAGAUUUUCCAGGAUGCAAGAUGCUUUAUCUAAUACACUUACAGAGGUUGCUCUGCCAUUUCUACUUUCUUCAAUCCCUCUGUUCAACAACUUUAACAAACUGUUGCAAAGUGAGAAGCCUAUCAUUCACAUGUUGCAUAAUUUCAUCAAGGCUACAGUGAUUGAUGGGGAAGUGGAUGGAGAGGUGUUGUUUCAUUACAGAGUGGAUGUCUUGUGA